AAAAGUCACUUCUUUUCGACCACUUUCAUGGCUUCAAUGGCGUUUUCUUCGACGGUACGUUCCUUCUCUCUUUACCGUCUGCCUAAUACGUCGAGCUCUUCUUCAACAUUUGUUCCACCCGCUUCGCUUUCCACUCGAUCUUUGCCUUCUCGUCUUAAUCUAAAUCUUCGUAGAAAAAAUUUCUUCAUUCGCUCGAUUUCAACACAAGCUGCACCUGCAUCUGGAGGACUUGCACCUGCCAUUGCAUUGACAGAUAAUGCAUUGGAGCAUUUGAAUAAGAUGAGGUCUGAGCGGAGCGAAGAUUUAUGCUUGAGAAUUGGCGUUAAACAGGGUGGAUGCUCGGGCAUGUCCUACACCAUGGAGUUCGAGAGCAAGGAAAACGCUAGACCAGAUGACACAGUUAUGGAAUAUAAUGGUUUUGUCAUUGUGUGUGAUCCGAAGAGCCUUCUUUUCAUCUUCGGGAUGCAACUCGACUUCAGUGAUGCACUCAUUGGAGGAGGCUUUUCAUUCAAAAACCCGAAUGCUACACAAACAUGUGGCUGUGGCAAGUCAUUUGCCGCAGAGAUGUGAAACGAAUGUACUUAUAGACCAUAUGCUUAUACCCACUAAUACAUAAUAGCAGCAAGGCUCUCUUUUCUGGGUAAAUUGUAGUUUGAUCAUCGAUGAGUAGGCACUCAUCAAACCCCACUGUCUAUUUGGUAUAUGUAUUUUGUGUACAAAAUCACUUCUACAGAAUUUUUAUAUCAAUCCUAUGGAUGAUUGUUAAAGAUUAGUUGGGA